UGUUUCUCUUACGUCAUUUGCACGCGCCCGUGACAGCUGUCAAAGACGUAAAGAGACGCGCCACGUCCUGUCAGGCAGGUCCCGGGGCUCCGGUUCUCGUGAUGGGUAUUGUACUUUGAUUCGGGCGGUGUCGCCGCCAUGGAGGCUUCAGUCCGUUGGGACGGGCUGUCUGAGCUGCUGGAAGAAUUCUCGAAGGCUCAAUACCGAGCAAAGGACGUGAGCGCGAGGGUGGAGAGAAUCGAGAAGCGCUGUUUGGAACUGUUCAGCAAGGAUUAUCGCUUCAGCAUCAUUCAGAAUGCCAAUGGGGAGCUUUGCAGCCAUUACCCCCGGCAAAUUGUGUUUCUGGAGUAUGAGAGCGCACCGGAAGAUAAAAACAUCAGGUAUGAAAGCACCGUGCAAGUCAGCAAGUUGCAAGAUCUUGUCAACCGCAGCAAGAUGGCGCGAUGUCGGGGACGAUUUGUUUGUCCGGUCAUCCUUUAUAAGGGAAAGCAUAUCUGUAGAUCAGCGACACUGGCUGGGUGGGGGGAGCUGUACGGCCGGACUGGGUAUAACUACAUAUUCUCAGGAGGAUCAGACGACGCUUGGGCGGACACAGAGGCUGCAGAAGAGGAUGCAGCGGCCAGGAAUGGUGAUUCCCAACUCUUUGACAAAGUCAGAGGCCAUGACAUUAAGUUGUUACGAUACCUCUCAGUCAGAUACAUCUGUGACCUGAUGGUUGAGAACAAAAAAGUGAAGUUUGGAUUAAACGUGACCUCAUCCGAGAAAGUGGAUAAAGCUCAGCGUUAUUCAGACUUCACUCUCCUAUCGGUUCCUUAUCCAGGCUGUGAAUUUUUCAAGGAUUACAAGGAUCGGGGCUAUUCUGCAGAAGGUCUUGUUUUCAACUGGAAGCAGGAUUACGUUGAUGCUCCAUUAUAUAUCCCAGUCUCCCUUACAAGGUGCCUGAAUAUUGACUGGAGAGAGUACCAGAGAUGGGAUUUGGUAAAGCAAACGCAGAAUUACCUGAAGCUGCUGAUUCAUAUCCUCAAUGGGGAUGAGCACAGUGGACUGCUAGUUCACUGUAUUUCUGGCUGGGAUCGCACUCCACUCUUCAUAUCACUCUUGCGGCUGUCAUUGUGGGCUGAUGGAGUGGUCCAUAGUAACCUGGAGCCAGCAGAGAUUCUAUACCUUACAGUAGCUUAUGAUUGGUUCCUGUUUGGGCACAUGUUAAAUGACCGGCUCAGUAAGGGUGAAGAGGUAUUCUUCUUCUGCUUCAAUUUUCUGAAGCACAUCACUUCAGAAGAGUUCUCCUCUUCAGGCAGGAAAACACGGCGGAAAAGCUCCCAGCCUCGUGAAUCUGCGUUAACUCUGGAAGAUUUCUGUUUGCUGAAACGCAAGGACCGUGGCAGUGCCAACAGUCUCAGCAGUGACUUCUCCGUUAUCACUGAAGAUUCCCCUGGCUCCUAUGGAAACUUUAACUGUGAACCUGUAGACUUGAUGAGCUUUGGAAAUCAGGGCCAAGCCAUUUGGAAGAAGACCCAUGCCUCCUCUCCGCAGUCUGUGUUUUGGAACCGAGCUCAGUCUUCCGCCGAGGAUCGCCCCCUCCAGCCAGCUGUGAUUGAAGCAAAGUCAUCGAGCUCCUCUUCCUCCAACCACUCAGACCAUUUCCUGAGACCUGGGAGCAGCCCCCUUGAGGUGCCGCAGCGCAGAUCAGCGGACCAUUCCCUGCCCGGAUCUUCCGUCUCAACUGAUUAUGGCAGCUGGCAGAUGGUUUCAGAGGCAGGGAGUAUUCAUGACCAUGGGAUCCUGAGCGCCAGCACCUCUCUUCCCUUCAGCUUUCCGGAUGAGCACCCUAACAAUUACUUACUUCCAACCAUCACUGAGCGGGAGUCUCGAUUAGAGGCCGUGCAAUCCACCUUCCUCGCGGCCUACAAUACCACUAUCGGCUUGAAGUCUGUAUCUCCAAGCCCUUCUGGAGCAAUUGGUGGCCUUCUGGAGCAGUUUGCACGAGGCGUAGGACUGAGAGGCGCCAGCACUAUCGUUUGAAAAGCCACUGGAUUAACAGGGAAUCUACAAGCCAUGCUAAAAGACUCGCCUGGGCCGUUCAGAAGCCAUAAAUCUCAGUUUGAGGUUCUGUCUACCUGGAGAUUUCCACAUUUAUCUGGGUUCUUAUUUUUCCGAAGGUGCUCUGACAUUGGGAAAUGGGUGGGCAAAUGGUUAUAGAGGGUGCACAUAUUACAAGUAAGGAACAACAUUGACAUUACAAUAUCUCUAAGGGCUGUAACAAUAUGGUUCUCAAUGUAAAUCAACCCAGGACCUUCAUCAACAACUAAUACUUAGAUCAAGAGAAAAGGGAAGGCCUCCUAUAGUAAUGUUAUAGUUUGUUAUUGUGUGUUACACAUCUUGGCUCACCCAUUUGUAGACAUCGGUCUUCCCCUCAGAUAUAUGGAUGGAGUUUAGAAUGUGGAUGAAUGAUGGGAUGAUUGAAGUGCCAUCUUGAUGUCAAAGCUCUUCCCAUCUCCAGCAAAGCUCUGAAACCAAGUAUAAGCCCUCCAUAUGUUGUAAAACUGCAGCCCCUUCAGGCAGGGGAGUGCUAGCAGUUGCAGCUCCACAACAGAUGGAGUGCUGUAACUUUCCUAUCCGUGGGGUUUUUUAACUUUCUUAAUGGAGGUUGGUGAGGACCUCAACCAUUUCUAAUACAAUACUUUGCUUCAUUGCUUUGCUUGGGAAAAAAACUAAGGCACACAGUCAUGGCAUAGUAGGCCUCUUGCUUCCACCACCUGUGUGAUACCAAAGACCCAGUUGUCUUCUCUGGAAUGCAAUUGAUGCUGCGACACUGCUGCAUUUUCCAUGUUCCUUUCCUUUAUGUCCUGGUGAUCUUCCCAACAGUAACACAAUUUCUGUCUAAUCAACUUCUGUCCUGCUUGUUGUGUGAAAUAACUUGGAGAACUCCUUACAAGCUUUCUAUAAGGACAGUCAAUCAAUAUACUAUUAUGAUACUACUGCAGCCGUAGCAAUCUAAAUAUAUUCGUUUUAUAUUUCCCCUUUUGUAUUGAUUGCUGCUAAGCCAUAGUCCAGUAAGACCGCAUUUAGGUGAAGACCUGUACAACCAACCAAGUUGGGGUGGAUAUGGGGUAGGGGUGGAUAUAGUUAUUGAUAUACUUUCCUUAAAUGAUUUUUAUUGAACAGAGAGCUAUACCAAGCUGAUGAUUAAAGUGAUCAACCCCAGAGAACACCAGAAAUAAUAAAUAAAAUUAUAACCAUUAUCACUUUUUCAGCUGCUGCUGAAGUUCAGUGCCAGGCGGCAUCCGGCCAGCUGUAGAAUGGACUGAGCAGUUGUUAAGAGUUUAAGGUGGUGUUGUGCCGAGUAUAUUCAGUUUGGGGUCUGUACUCUGUGCAACACUCCUCUAAUUGGUCAGACCUCAAAGACCAAGUAGAGAAGGCAUAAGUCUCUUCAUGGCUUCAACUAAAUAUACCUACUUAAGCAAUGAAUGUAAGAAGCCUACCUGUUUCUGACACCACCACCCUACAUUUCUUUUCUUCUCUCUGGUUUCUGCCAGCUUUACUACUCUGGUACUUAGUUCCUUUUCCUCCCUUCUCUCUUCCUCAAUUGCUUGCUCUCUUCUUCCUUCCUCUCUUUCUCCUGCACUUGCCUGUCCUCUUUUUUUUCCUUAUGUCUUCUUUACAUGCCUGCCCACUUCUUCCUUUUUUCUCUUUCACAUGCCUGCCCUCACCUUCCUUUCUUCUCUCUCCUUCACUUGUCUGCCCACUUCUUCCUUUCUUCUUCCUUACACAUGCCUGUACUCUCCUUUCUCUCUUCUCUCUCCUUUACUUGUUUGCCCACUUUUUCUUUCCUUCUCUCUCCUUCACAUGCCUGCCCUCGUCUUUCUCUCUUCUCUCUCCUUUACUUGUUUGCCCACUUUUUCUUCCCUUCUCUCUCCUUUACAUGCCUGCCCUCGUCUUUGCAGCAGCUGCUGAAGAUCAGCGCCAGGAGGCAUCCGGCCAGCAAUAGAAUGGACUGAGCAGUUGUUAAGUGUGUAAGAAGCUGUUGCACCAAGUAUACUGUAUUUAGUUUGCCAAUUGCUUUGAACAACUGUAGUUCAACAAUUUGGGGACUGCAUGCUGUGCAACACUCCUCUAUUUUUUCAGACCUCAAAGGCUGUCUCUUCAUGGCUGUGUCAAACACUUCAAUUAAAUAAACCUACUUAAACAAUAAUUGUAAGAAACCUACCUGCUUCUUACACCCACCACCCUUCUU